AUGCGCCUGUCUCUGUCUCCGAAUCUCCGGUGGGCAAUCCGCUUUCGCCCAUCAUGGAAUACUCGUUAUACGUCUGUAGCGGCUUUGCGUAGUCACUGUCAACCUAUCUUGCGCUCCGCUGUGCCUAUACCAGCAUCACCGGCACCGCCGGCGAACCGGAGAUGGUUUUCGGCUUCUCGUCCGGCGCGAUUUAGUAUUGACGCUGAUUCGACUAUCUACGCUUUGUCGACGGCAUCAGGUCGCGCCGCGAUUGCGGUGGUGAGGAUUUCGGGAAAUGCGUGUGUAGAGGUAUACAAAGCCCUAUGUCCGAAUAAACCUCUUCCGAAACCACGGCUCGCCGCUCUACGAACGCUUUACGAACCGGGAAACAACACAGACAAUGUGUUAGAUGCCGGGGCUUUGGUGCUACACUUCCCCGCCCCCAAGACAGUCACGGGCGAGGAUGUCCUGGAAUUCCAUGUACACGGCGGACCGGCAAUCGUCAAGUCUGUUCUUGGGGCGAUAGGAGGCUUAAAUCGCACCGAUAAUAUAAUCCGCUACGCCGAACCGGGCGAAUUCACUCGCCGCGCAUUUAUGAAUGAUCGUCUUGACCUGCCUCAGAUCGAAGCACUUGGUGAAACCCUCGUCGCUGAUACGGAGCAGCAGCGUCGUCUUGCUGUGCGGGGUGCGAAUGAUACGUUGUCGAAACGAUACGAACAAUGGCGGCAUCAGCUGCUAUAUGCGCGCGGGGAACUCGAGGCUCUGAUUGAUUUUGCGGAGGAUCAGCAUUUUGAUGAGUCGGCUGGAGAGUUGCUUUCGUCUGUUGCGGGACAGGUUCGCGUGCUUGUGUCGCAGAUCGGGUUCCAUAUACAGAAUGCGUCAAAGGGCGAGCUGCUACGGAAUGGUAUCCGCAUUGCACUCUUGGGCGCCCCGAACGCGGGAAAGAGCUCGUUGUUGAAUCGGGUUGUCGGGAAGGAGGCUGCGAUUGUCAGUACCGAGGAAGGGACGACGAGGGAUAUUGUCGAUGUUGGUGUUGAUUUGGGAGGAUGGUAUUGUAAACUCGGGGAUAUGGCCGGCAUUCGCUCAGAGGCUGGGUCUGGGGAUACGGCUGUGACGAUUGGGGCGGUGGAGAAGGAGGGGAUAAGACGGGCGAGAGAGAGGGCGUUGGAGUCGGAUGUGGUGAUUGUGGUUGCAUCGUUGGAUGAGAGUGGUCGGUUAGCUGUUGAGCGGGAGGUCAUCGACGCUACGCGCGAUUGCAUUGAGGAUGGGAAAUGUAUCCUCAUCGUGAUCAACAAAUGUGAUCGUCUCCAACCGAGCGAACGAACCAUAUUCGCUCAAAUCCCACCAACCCUGCUUGAGAAAGUCACUACACUCUUCCCAUCCGUCCCUCAAAACCGCAUCUUCGGUAUAUCCUGCCAGGAAGCUCAAGGCCUAUUACCAUCGUCACUAGAACAGAACGCAGACCCCGGAAACCUCCAGAUCUUCCUCCGCGGCCUCAUCAGCACAUUGGAAGAAAUCGCCUCACCCCUGGGAAUCGAAGGAGACGAUAACGGCCAAUACGACCAUUCAUACUGGAAGGAUUCGCUGGGCGUGACGCACCGCCAAAGCUCGAAUCUGAAACGGUGUAAGCAGCAUCUUGAUGACUUUCUGGCACAAACGGCGGAGCCAGGUUCGAAUAGCGGUGGUUAUGGCGGUCUUCUGGGUGAGGAGGUCGAUAUCGUAACGGCUGCUGAGAAUUUACGAUUCGCGGCUGAUGCGCUUGCGAAGAUUACGGGGAAGGGGGAGAGUGGGGAUGUAGAGGAUGUGUUGGGGGUUGUUUUUGAGAAGUUCUGUGUUGGGAAGUAA